GCUAUGUUUUGCCCAAAUCAGCGUAGAUUACCACUACAUUUUGCAGUUAUAAAGGGCAUCCUUAUUCGACGUUUGGAAAUCUUAGAAUUGUCUUAUUUAUUCAAACCAAAAUCCCAAUUUCAAGCUCUUGAAUAGACUUAAAUUUCACGCCAACGAGCAACGUAUACGUACGUACGUCAUCGACAGAAACAUGAUCUGCAGCCAUGGCUGCUAGGAGACUGGUAUCCGUCCUCAACUUGGGUCAUAUGCAAUACAGAAGGGCAUGGGAGCUACAGCAUAGACUGGUUAGAUGGCAGCUGGAUUUACUGAAGACAGGUGGAGGUGAAGCUCAUAAGAAAACUCAAGAUUUGCUUCUUCUCUGCACACACAAUCCAGUCUAUACAAUAGGUAUUCGAACCAAAGGCUACACGUCUGCAGACGAAGAGAGGCUCAAGGCUCUCGGGGCCGACUUCUUCCGGACCGAAAGGGGAGGACUGAUCACGUUCCAUGGUCCAGGCCAACUCGUAGCCUAUCCCAUCCUGGACCUGACCCAUUACAAGAAGAGCGUCCGAUGGUACGUCAAGCAGCUGGAAGACACAGUCAUCAAGACGUGCGGGAGGUUUGGUGUAGAGGGACAGUGCUCUCCUCACACAGGCGUGUGGGUGGGUGACAGCAAAAUUGCUGCCAUCGGUAUCCACUGCACCAGGUACAUAACCAGCCAUGGCCUUGCCCUGAACUGCAACACAGACCUGCGAUGGUUCAACCACAUAGUGCCUUGUGGGAUUGAGGGGAAAGGGGUCACUUCCUUGACUAAGGAGGUCAAAGACAGAACAGUCACUGUUGAGGAUGCAAUAGAACCCUUUCUAAAUUCCUUUAGUGAACAGUUAGAAUGCAAGCUCAUCGAUGAUGAUCGAGGAGUACUUGAAAUGGUGGAAACCGUGGAAUGAUGAUGAAGUCACCCAAAAGACGUUGACCGUUGAUGAUGCUUUUGAGCCCUUUUCAGAGUCCUUUCAGAAACAGUUUGAAAAUCAGAUUGGUGGUGAUCGAGGAAUGCAUGAACUGGUAGGUUGAUUGUGAGCUACCACAAAAGAUGUUGACCGUUGAUGUUGCAGCUGAGGCGUUAAUAGGGACUUUUAGAUUGAGUGGACGAGAACACGACGAACGCCGACUGAUCAUGCGUGUCAACGUACUUAACUGCCCAU